AUGGAAGAUCAACCACAGGGUGUUAAAGAGAGUUUGGUGCAGCCACAUAACACUAAUAUGACUACUGAAAACACAGAAGAGUCAACUCAAAAUGAGGUAGAUUCUAAAACUGCAAAAGGAAAACGUAGAAGAAAAUUGACUUCAAAUGUUUGGUCUUGUUUUAAUAUGCUUCCUGUAGAUCAAGAUAAUCAAACACAAAGAGCUGAAUGCAAGCAUUGCGGUAAAAUAUAUAAUGCUGACCCCAAGUAUGGGACAGGAAACUUAAGUCGUCACAUGAAAAGUUGUGAAAGAAGAGACACUCGUGAUAUUGGGCAGCUAGUGGUUUCUCAAGACAAAGGAAUUGUGGCCUUGGGCUCAAAAAGAUUUGAUCCGAAUCACUUUCGUGAAUUGAUGACUCGUGCAAUAAUUUUACAUGAUUUGCCUUUUUCAUUUGUUGAAUAUGAAGGUGUGAGAGCUACAUAUGAAUAUUUGUAUCCUGGAAUCACUUUAGUAACUAGGAAUACUGCAAAGGCUGAUGUUGUUAAGAUGCAUGCAUUAGAAAAGGCAAGGAUUAAAUCAAUGUUGAAUAAUAAUUCUAGUAGAAUUUGUUUGACAUCUGAUUUGUGGACUUCUAUAGUGACUGAUGGUUACAUAACCAUUACUGCUCAUUUCAUUGAUAAAGAUUGGGUGCUACAAAAAAGAAUUCUAAAUUUUUGUUUCAUUCCUCCACCACAUUCUGGUGUUGCAAUAUGUUCAACAAUGUUUGAGUUACUAUGUGAAUGGGGAAUUGAAAAGAAAUUGUUUGCUCUUACUUUGGAUAAUGCUUCUUCCAAUAAUGUGACUGUUGAUUUAUUGCAAAAAGAUUUGACAGCUAAAAAUGCACUUCCUUGCAAUGGUAAAUUUUUUCAUAUUCGUUGUUGUGCCCAUAUUCUUAAUUUGGUAGUGCAAGAGGGGUUGAAAGAUAUAGAUGGUGUGGUUCUAAAAAUUCGUGAAAGUGCAAAAUAUGUUAGAGGUUCACAAGUUAGAAAGAAGAAGUUUCUAGAAUGUGUCAAUCUUGUAGGUCUUGACUCUAAGAGGGGUUUAAAGCAAGAUGUGCCAACUAGAUGGAAUUCAACUUUCCUUAUGCUUGAUAGUGCUAUAUAUUAUCGUCGGGCAUUUUUCCAUUUGGAAUUAAUUGACAGAAGCUACAAGUCUUGUCCUUUACCAUACGAAUGGGAAAAAGCUGAGAAGAUUAAUGAAUUCUUAGAACAAUUUUACAAUGUCACUUGUAGUUUCUCUGGAACUGAGUAUCCCACAUCUAAUUUGUAUUUUCCAUCAGUGUAUUCUUGUUAUUUUUCACUGAAAACAGCAAAGGAGAGUGAUGAUUCAUAUCUAUCAAGUAUGGGUAGUUUAAUGAUUGAGAAAUUUGAGAAGUACUGGAAAGAUUUCAGUAUAAUAUUGACCAUUGCAGUGGUUCUUGAUCCUCGUUACAAGUUGAAUUUUGUGGAUUAUGCAUAUACCAAAGUUUAUGGUGUAAAGGGAUCACCACAAUUUCUUGAGGUAAAGGAGCAUUUACACAAAUUAUUUUCUGAGUACUCUACAGAGAAGCCUUCUAUGUCAUUAUCUUCUAAAAGUGAUGCUCCAAACACUUCCAGGAACUCAGACUUUUAUUCUUUUGAAAAUCAAGAACAAGCAGCUACACAAAAAUCUGAAUUGGAGUUUUAUUUAGAUGAACCAAGAUUAAGUAUCAAUGUAGAUUGUGAUAUUCUUGACUAUUGGAAAGGAAAUCAGUUCCGAUAUCCUGAGCUUGCUGCUAUGGCUCGUGAUGUUUUGAGCAUUCCUAUAUCUAUUGUUGCCUCUGAAGCUGCAUUUAGUGUGGGUGGUCGAGUACUUGAUCAAUAUAGGAGUUCACUUAAGCCAGACAUAGUUGAGUCAUUGAUUUGCACAAGAGAUUGGCUAUUUGGAGAUAUGGAGAACACAAAAUCUAUUCGUGUGGCUGUGGAUGCAAUUAUUGAUGAUGUGCUCAACUUGGAUAUCAAUGACCAUACAUAUUCAACAUCUUCUCAAAAUCAAAGUUCCCAUGACAGUGUUCAACAAGACAGUAAUGUAGUAAUGGAAGUACAACUUUCGAUAUGUGUCUCCUCAUUUGUUCUUAUGUCAAUCGAUAAGAGUUGGACGUCUUUGAGAAAUCGUAAUAGUGAUGAGUAUUGGAACGGUCUCCAAUGGAUUUUCCAUGGGGAGGUGGAUGAAGUUUUUGUCGAAGAGGUAAUCGAGGAUAAUGAAGAUGUAGAUGAGAUGAUCGACAUCAUUGACGAUUUUAUCUUACUGGAAAAUACAGAGGAAGCAGAUGAGGUGAAUGGCAGUCGAAUGGGUCAGUAUUACGAUGAGUUGUUCGACGAUAUUGAAGCCGAGUUGUAUCCGGGUUGCAAUUGGAUAUCAUCCCUUAACUUUUUGGCAAAGUUGAUGCACUUGAAAUUUAAGGGGAAGUGA